AUGAUAGAUAACAACCCGAAAAGUUAUUUCUGUUUAUUCGAAGAGAUGUCGCUGGCGGAUGUGACGUCGGCGCGUAGUUCGCCCGCCCCAGAGGCUUGUCCGGAGUGCGAUACUAGCGCCUCUGUCACAUCCGAUUUGCACAAGUACCAAGUGGCGUGCACAUGCAAACCGUCGACGGCUCAGUACGCAUGCGCGGAUGACCCCGGUCCCCCGCCACCCGCGAAAACCGACACUCCUCCGGCGCUUCCACCACGUCCACCCACUAAUGUACUGGCGGCAACGAACAGGAGAAACAAUGCGUCCGUAGGUUGUAAUGGCAACGACAACUCCUGUCGGCGGAGGAAGUACGCGUGGUGGUGCGUGGGUUGUGGUGCGUUGGCAGCAGCACUGGGAGGUCUACUAGCCGCUCAACAUAUUCUGCUACGAGCCUAUACUGCUUCGCCCCAACAUUUGGAGACAGUGCCCGCUGCCGUACCAGCAGCAAUGCUGGUGCUGACAGGAGUGUGCAUAAUGAGCUUAGCGAGGCGGAGGAACCGGUACAGCUAUAUGGUAAGAAAAAUAAAAGUGGUGGGGGCUUGUUGUCUGGUUUGUGCGUUGACAUGCGUGUUGGUAACCAUUACAACCACAGUCAUACAUAUGAACAAAUUGCAGACGCUAAAGUUUUGCGAGUAUACUAAACUUACGCGGACGUGCACUUGCUUUUCAAUGCCCCCGGAUUCCCAACAUAGCGGUACUGAAGAGGAUGGAGUGCGGUGUGUGUUCGAGGGCGUGUCGGAGUGCGGCGUGGUGCACGGAGCGCUGUACUGGUGUUUGCGCGGCGUGUUCGCGCUCUCCGUCAGCGCUGUACUCGUGUGCAUCUUUAGUUGCAUGUUGGCUUACCAAUUACUUAGGUAA